UCUGUCCGAACUAGUCUGCGUGGAGUGCCACGUCAACAACCUGCAUUUAUCUAGAAACCUCCCGGACUUGUCGCAAAAUUCAGUCUUUCGUCCUCACUCGCGCCAGGCUGAAUAGAGUUAAACAAAAACACCCUCGACAGUUCAGAUAUACAGCCGACGCCCUCGUAACCCCUCCCCAAACCCCUCCCCUGUCUCGUCCUCGACGGCGACCCAGGGUGACACCGUCUUGGGCGUGGCGGCGCCGGCGAUCGAUGGAGCCGCGGCUUCGCGAACCAGGGGAGUUCCCUCCCGAGUAUGUGACAAAUGGAGAAGACACUCAGUUGUUUUCAGUUGAGUUUGAGCACAAUGGGAUAUUCAUAGGGCAGGGUACAACUACAAACAGAUCAUAUACAAAUAUUGGAUGUACACAUGAUGCUUUCGACUACUGCCAUGUUGAUACAUGGUCAUUGGGCAUGGUGAAGUACUGUUUGUCCAGGUUGGAUUAUGAUCCCACUGAUCCAUUGGUCAAAGUGUAUUGGGUUUUGCCAGGGAAAGAUAUUAUGGAUGGCCUUGUCUGUGUGGAAACUGAGGAAGCAAUUGCUGCUAUGGUCACUGCAAGCAAAGAAGCUAAAACAUUGGAUGUAAUAGUGGACAAGGAAAACAAAAUAAGGACUUUGUAUGGCGACGAUGUCAUACUCAAUAGAUGCCCAACACUACCUAGAAAAUUGCCAAGGUCUGGUCAGUUUGGAGAAGGGACUUCUGGUUCAUAUGCAGAGGAGGCGAGGGAAGAGGAGGAAACAGGGGAGGAGGAAGCAGGGGAAUCAGGGGAAGCAAAAGAUGCACAGACCGACUCGGACUUUUAUGAGAGUGACUUUGACUGCGAAGAUGGGGAUGAUGAUCUGUUUGCUGAGAAUGUGGAUCCAGAGUUGAAUGACAAUAAUGAGAAGCAAGCUGAAAUAUUUGACGAAGAGGACCCAUUAGAUGACGAUGACCUCAGUCUGUCCAAGGAAGAGCUUGAGAAGCUUAAUUACAGAUUUAGAGUAUUCAAUCCAGAGCUGGAUAGCAACAACCCAAUGUUCAGGGUUGGCUUGGUAUUUGGAGAAAUGAAAGAACUAAGGGCUGCACUCACUGCAUACAGUGUCAAAAAUAGAGUUAAAAUCUAUAAACCAAGGAAUGAGGCAGAGAGGUUAAACGCAUCAUGUCAAUCUGAUUGUCCUUGGAAGCUUAAAGCUUCAAAAGACAAUAGAACAGGCAGCAUUGUUGUGAGAGAGUACAAUGGAGACCACACAUGUCAGAAAAUAUGGAACUCCAAGUGCUUGACAGUUAAAUAUCUCACACAAAUGUUCAUAGAUGAAUUUAGAGACAAUAAGAAGAUGGACUUGGUUACAUUUGGAAGAAAAGUUCAGAAACAGUUUAAGUUGCUACCAGACAGAAUGAAGUUGGGCAGAGCCAGGAAAGAAGCAUUGAGGAUCAUUAAUGGAGAUGAAGCAGCUCAGUAUAGCAUGCUAUGGGAUUAUGGCCAGGAAUUGAGGAGAAGCAACCCUGGAAGCAAAUUUAUAGCUUGCACAACAAAGGUGAAGGAGAAGGAUGACCUAGAGCCAAAGGAUCAUCUAUCAUCACUAUAUUGGUCUUAUGAUGCAUGCAAGAGAGGCUUCUUGAAUGGUUGCAGGCCAAUAAUCUUUGUUGAUGGAUGUCACUUGAAGAGCAAGUACAAAGGGCAGUUGCUUACAGCUGUGGGCAUAGACCCAAAUGACUGCAUCUUCCCAAUUGCCAUGGGCAUGGUUGAGGUGGAGUCCACAUUUACAUGGGAAUGGUUCCUCACUACACUAAAAAAUGAUCUAAAUAUUCUCAACACUUCUCCAUUCACUAUCAUGAGUGAUAGGCAAAAGGGAUUAAUCAAUGCUGUUGAAAAGGUCUUCCCAGAUGCAGAACACAGAUUUUGUGUUAGACACUUGUACCAGAACUUUUAUCAAAAGUUCAAAGGUGAAACAAUGAAGAAUAUGCUUUGGGCCAUUGCUAGGUCUACAAAUAUGGACAAAUGGAAAUUGAAUAGAGACAAGCUCAAGGAGGAGAAUGAAGCAGCUUACAAUUGGUUGGAUGGGAAGCACCCGAACCAGUGGGUCAAAGCAUUUUUCUCAGAUUUCCUGAAGUGUGACAUACUACUGAACAACAUGUCAGAAGUAUACAAUAGCUACAUCUUGGAUGCAAGGGAGCUUUGCAUUGUGUCUAUGCUAGAUUGUAUAAUGCACAAGAUGAUUGUAAGGCAUGAGAGUAAGCAGAGGGAAGCAAUGGAGAAGUGGACAGGAAGAAUCUGCCCCAAGAUCAGGAAGAAGUUGGACAAGAGUGCGGAGUACUCUGGUAACUGCUAUCCAACUCAUUGUGGUCUUGGAGUAUAUUCCGUUGAGUCUGGAAACAACACAUACAUUGUAGACAUUCUUGCUAGGUGUUGUGAUUGUAAAAGAUUUCAACUUAGUGGGGUGCCCUGCAAUCAUACAAUUGCUUGCUGUAGAGCUGAUAGGAUAGAUCCAGAAGAGUUGGUCCACAAAUGCUAUAGUAUAGAAACCUAUCUAAAGGCAUAUGGUCACAACAUCAUGCCUAUGAGAGAUAAAGCUCACUGGCAGAAAAUGAAUGGGAUUAGAGUACACCCACCAGUUUUCACAAAGGUAAUGGGCAGGCCACCAAAAAGGGCAGCCCCAGUGCAUGUAGCUCCCGCUUGCGCAGGGUCUGGGGAAGGGUCCGACCACUUUGGGUCUAUUGUACGCAGCCUUUCCCUACAUUUCUGUAAGAGGCUGUUUCCAGGACUUGAACCGGUGACCUCAUGGUCACAAGGCAGCAGCUUUACCACUGCGCUAAGGCUCCCCUUCAAUGGGCAGGCCACCAAAGAAUAG